AUGCAAAAUCUUGCUCUGCAGUAUACCAAAAGUGAGAAUAUUGAUGCAAAAAUCAAAGAAAGCAGAGAGUUCUUCUACAAAAGGCAGUUUGAGCUUGCUAAUAGUCCAAACCCUCAAAAAGAAGAUUUGGAAUUUCGACUAAGUCAAUUGAGAAGUCUGUACUGGGGUUUGAAAGAUCAUGAAGAUGAGAUAACCAAAGCAUUAGAAAAGGAUUUUCACCGCAGUAGACAGGAGUCGAUUGCUUUCGAGCUUAUUCCUUUGUAUAACAACAUUCUAGAUCUCAUUGAAAAAUUGCCUACUUGGAUUAAAAAUGAGAAGAUUCACGAGACGGGUGAUAUAUUCAAAUUCAGCACGGUAGAAAUUCAAAGAAUACCAUUGGGAUCGGUUUUGAUUAUUUCGCCGUUUAAUUUUCCCGUAUUACUCGGCUUAGAUCCAGUUGCAUCAGCCAUUGCUUCUGGUAAUAGCGUGGUUUGGAAACCAAGCGAAUUAGUACCACACACAGCAGCUUUAGUUGAAAAGAUUGUUGUGAGUUGCUUGAGUCCUGGUUUGAUUCAAGUUAUUCAGGGUGGAGUUCCAGAAACUACUCGACUUUUACAAGAGGGAUCUUUCGACAAGAUAUUUUAUACAGGCUCUACCCUCGUCGGCUCCAUUGUCGCCCAAGAGGCUGCUAAAAAGCUGACUCCUUGUAUUUUGGAACUCGGUGGAAAGUCUCCAGUAUUCAUCACGGAGUCUUUUCCGAAGAAAGAUUUACGUUCUGCGCUUAAAAGGAUCUUUUUUAGCGCAUUUUGCAAUUCAGGGCAAGUGUGUGUCGCUGCAGAUUACAUUUUGGUUCACAAAUCGCAUUACAAGGACGUAGUGAGUUUUGGAAAGGAGAUCUUAAAUGAACUAUGGCCUCAAUUUGAUGAAAAUUCGGAGUUCUCGUACUGUAUCCAUGAUGGAUCUUACCAGAAAACCCUUCAGAAAUUAGAGGAAACUAAGGGUAUUACAUUCAAUUCGCAAUCGGCUAGUUUCAAGAAAGUUGGGCGGUGUAUUCCUCCCACGCUAAUCUUCGACGUUUCCUGGAAUGAUUCUCUCAUGAAGGAGGAAAAUUUUGCGCCUGUUUUACCUUUUUUAAUCUACGAGGAUCUUGAUGAGGUGAUAGAUAACGUUGUUGAAUUACAUGACUACCCGUUAGCGAUGUACAUUUUUGCAAAGAGCGACAAAGAAAUCAAUCACAUAUUGAGGAGGAUAAGGUCAGGAGCAUGCGUGGUGGGUGACACCAUGAUCCAUGUGUCCUUAUCGGAAGCUCCGUUCGGGGGAGUUCGGACAUCUGGAUAUGGAAGUUAUCACGGGAAAUGGAGCUAUACUUCUUUUACGCAUGAAAGAACCUUAUUGAGGCAGCCUUUUUGGAUAGAGGCUUUGAAUUCAGUGAGAUAUCCUCCAUACUCGAAUAAGAAAAUCAAAAUUGCGCAAUUUGCUACGGAGAAAAAACCUAGCUUUGAUCGGAAAGGUUCUAGGGUGUGGAACUCCAAAGACUAUUUGUUAAUGGCUCUUACCGGGAUAUUGGUUGGGUUUGUGGCAAAAAAAGGACUUGACAACUUUAGUUAG